UACAGAACUUGUCAUUAUGUCUGAUAGAGAUCCCACAGAGUCACCUGCAUUUAACCAAGAUAAAGCAGACUCCUUACUUCAUUCUGCUCGUCCCGCUAGAGGCCCUCAUCCAUCCUUGAAGGCAAGAGAGGUGUAUGAAGAAAGUAAGGAAGAAACAUCUAGUAACCUGACUGCAUUAUGGCAUAAGACUUUAAGUUGUAUAAAAACCGCUAAUGAAACUAGCAACAAUCCUGAGCAAUUGAACACUGCUCUCUCAAGGGUUAAGAAGGCAUUUGCGAAUUAUAAAAGACUUUCUGAAAAGUUCUAUUCCCUAUUGUCACAUUCCAGCAUAGAGGAAGCCGCAGUGGAAUUAAAGGACUUUACUUCUACUGACCAGCAGAGGCAUAGCACAUAUCUUGAAGCAAAGGCACAGAUAGAAGGUAGAUUAGCACAGCUACAUGAAACUACAUCCUGUAAAUCUGCUUCUUCCAGACACUCAGGAAAAUCUUCUAGAUCUGCCCGCUCCUAUCAUAAAUCCUCUUCUAAGUCACUGCGGUCCUGCUCUUUAAGGUCAACACUGAGCGACCAAAUAGUCAAAGCUCGCCAGAAGGUCGCAGCAGCCCAGGUUCAAGCCGCCUGCUCUGAAAGAGAAGCAGCCAUCAAAGCUCAGCUAGAAAUCCUUCAGAAGAGUAAAGAAAAGGAAGUAGCAUUGGCGGAAUUAUCCGUCUUGGAACAAGCCCUAUUGGAAUAAGAAGGA